GGUAAGCGCGGGAUUCGCCGGUCGCCCCGAGACACGCGCUGUGUGGUUGCUAAGGGAGCGGGAGGCCGGCCGUCUGCCUGCCCUCAGGAAGGAGCUGAGCAUCAACAGCCCGUUCGGGAUUGUUUGUUUAUUCAUUUAGUGAUGAUGUGAGGGGAGGCAGGAGUGGGGAUAGUUAGGGUCCCGGAGUGAUCCCGAUCUGAACGGUAGGCCCGAGGCCCGCGGGGACGGUGAGGGGAGUGCAGUGAGGAGCAGGAGGAUGGCCGUGAGGCGGCGGCGCCGCCGGACAUGAGCCGCCUUCAGUCUCGGGAGUACAGGCCUAUCGGAGAGGACAAGGAGCGGAGAGAGAGGGGACUGUCAGGCCGAGCCCGCAGCUGGCGCCCGGUCAGCGCUUCCCUUAACCCGCCGGCCCAGCCCAGCCCAGCCUAGCCUCCCCGGUUCAGCGAAAAUGAUUAUUUCAUACUGGUUGUUCUGUUGUGCAGCUUCUCUUGAGUUUGCCUGUGUUGUGAAUGAAAUGGCAGUUCAUGGCUGCAUCCAAGACUGAGGAGUGUUCUAUAGACCCCAGUGGCAAAAACAAAGCUUCACUCAACCCUAGUCCAAAAUCUUUUUUUUAUGGUCAACCACAGGAGAGUAGACCAGCUUAUUCUGUUUCCCAGCAUCCACUAUGGGAAUGGGAUGGCUAUAAUGUGAUUGUACCCGUAAGGAAACAGAAUACUUGUUCAGGAACGUCUCAGAAUGUUGCAAGUCACCCUUAUCCUUCUCUACCAGGAGGUAAUGGCAAAUCAGUAACAUUGAGUUCGCACACAGGUUUUCGUUCAAAUGUUUUGAUCAGUCCUUUUGAAAACUCACCUCUUCAUGAUCGAAUUGGCCAUGGAUGCAGAUCUUAUCAGAGACUUGAGUCCCUGGGUUCACGGUUUAAUGGACUAGGAAGUAGAACUACAUCAAGUUCAGCAAACAUUAACAACUUUAUCCCCUCAAUCCCCUCGAGAGCAAUCUCUUGUGAAAAUUUAAUGAAACCCAAUGGUGCCAUUACCCCAAUUUCACAGCAUUAUGGUUCUCAUAGUGCUGGUUAUGAACCUCUGCUCUUGGGCAGAAAUGGCCCCAAUCAUGCAGGUAAACCUACCUCACUAUUUUGCAAACCUUUACUGAACACAAAUGCGUUCAUGAGACCCACCAGUGCCAAAGUGCCUACACUUCAGAAAUGUGAAAAGAAUGCCAAGACUUUUAAUGGAAGUAAUGAAUUUGGAGACUCAGAAAAUGCAGCAAAGCACAAUGGUAGCAAUGCUAGGGCUAUCUCUGGAAGUGCUGUUCAUGUUAACACAGACCUUAAGUUUGAUCGACCUUUACAUCAGAGUGAACAUUCCCAUGGUAACUUGAAGAGUGCUAUCAAGCUAACCAAAAGUAAUGCUGGGGAUCCAGAGCUUAAGUUUACAGAAGCUAUAAGAAGGUUGUCAGAAGACCGCACCCCGAAGAAUCAUGUGAUUGAACGGUGUGUAACAUUUUCAAAAGAAACUGAAGGCUUAGCUUCUCAAGGCGUUCAUUUUCAGAAUGGCCCCUUCAGCAGUGCUGCAGGAUUAUUGAAAAAAACUGUGCCAAAUCUCAUUCAGGAGAGAAAUAAUUUCCAAACAGUCUUAAAAGCUGAGCGAAGUUGUACCAAUGUUAACUUGGAGCCUGCAGCUAAAGAGAACUGUGCAAGUAAAGAUAAUCUAAUUGCUCGUACCAACAAAACAGCUGUUGGUAUUUUAUCCACCAAUGUGCACAUCCAGAAUAGUAGCCCAGUCAGUUUUGCAGCAUCCCCGGACUUUCAUCAUGAGGCUGACCAAAGCAAGAAGUUGAUCUCUGUUUCUUCCUCUAAGACAAACGCUGGCUCAGUCACGCUACAGAUUGCUGCCAUGCAACUCAAGUGUGCAAAAAAGGUUGAAAAAACUGUGGAAAAGCCGAAGAAUGAUGCAGGUCCUCAAGACUCUGAGCAGGAGACUGAGGAGGAGGAGGAGGAGGAGGAGGAGGAAGAGGUUGCAGAUGGACUGGGUGAUACCAGCAGCCAGGAAUGUGAUGAAGAGUUGGAGUGUUCUACCAUCUCUGAUUCUUGUUCAACUGAAUCAGCACAUGGUUUAUCUAAGGUGGCCUUUAGUGAACUACCGGAAUCUACUGAUGCCAGGAAUGUUUUUGAUUCUUGCUACCCACAAGUAACUGAAUGUAAAAUUCAAGUUGCUAAACCAGCAUUGGUAAAAAGCUUAUUUCAUGAUAUGCCUCUGACGAUUUACUUUGGAACUUCGAAUGAGAAAAUUGAACUUUUGCCGUGGGAUCAACGAAGACAGAUGAAAUGGAAAAUGUCCACCGUGACGCCAAUAGUGGUGAAAAAUGCUAUUGCCAGAUCACAUUUUAAAAUUACUAAAAGAUGUUAUGAUUGGCUGGGCUGCUGGGGACAUCACAUGAAAUCACCACUAUUCAGAACCCUUCGGGAAUAUCAGAAGCUGAAUCAUUUUCCAGGAUCAUUUCAAAUUGGGCGUAAGGAUCGCUUGUGGCGUAACUUAUUGAGAAUGCAGAUGCGAUUUGGGAAAAGAGAAUUCAACUUUUUUCCACAGUCCUACAUUCUCCCUCAUGACAUCAAACUGCUGAAGAAUGCCUGGGGGGCUAGCUCUGGAAAGCAGAAAUGGAUUAUUAAACCACCUGCAUCUGCCAGGGGAAUUGGCAUUCAAGUAAUUCACAGGUGGAAUCAAAUCCCCAAAAAACGACCUCUGCUAGUUCAGAAAUACUUGCACAAACCCUACCUCAUUGGCGAGAGCAAGUUUGAUUUGAGAAUUUACGUGUACGUGACCUCUUAUGAUCCUCUUCGGAUCUAUGUGUUUACAGACGGCUUGGUCCGUUUUGCAAGCUGCAAGUAUUCGUCUUCCAUGAAGAGCCUUGGUAACAAGUUUAUGCACCUUACAAACUACAGUGUGAAUAAACUAAAUGCAGAGUACAAGCCCAACAGCGAUGGAAAGCUCUGUCAAGGUCACAAAUGGAGCCUUAAGGCAUUGUGGGCAUACCUGAGUCAGAAGGGAGUGAGGACUGACCUAUUGUGGGAGCAAAUAAAGGAUGUGAUCAUCAAAACCAUUAUUGCCUCUGAGUCUUACGUGAACAGCCAAAUACAUUUGUAUGUACGGAGUCGUUACACUUGCCAUGAGCUCUUUGGAUUUGACAUCAUGCUUGAUGAGAACCUGAAGCCAUGGGUUCUAGAAGUGAACAUCUCCCCAAGCUUACAUUCAAAUUCUACACUGGAUGUUAUGAUUAAGGGGCGGAUGAUUAGCGAUCUCCUGAAUCUGGCUGGAUUCAUUAUUCCUAGUAAGGAUGAGGUAACUCCAACCAUAAAAAGCAAUUCUUCUAGGCCAAAGAGUAAUGAGCUUACCGCUGACGAGAAACUCAAGCGAGUUUACUACCUGAGCCAGAAAUCGCCACCUAUGCAUUUCUAUUCCUCUCUACUGGACAUUCUUACCCCAGAUGAUAUUCGGAUGUUAAUGGAAUCGGAGGAUGAGUACAAUCGCCGAGGACAGUUUGAGCGGGUAUUCCCCUGUCGACAUUCGUCCCGCUAUCUCCAGUUCUUUGAACAGCCCCGUUACUUCAACAUCUUGCUUGAUUUAUGGGAACAAAAAUAUGGUCAGAAUAGAGAAGCAGGAAUUGAUGUGCUGAAAGAACUGAGUUACAGAGGGGUUCAUCUGGGACUAUCUGUUCAUCCCGCGCAUAUUUGGCGUCCACCUAAGUUUCAUUUCCCUGCAAAGUUGGACCUCAAGGUCAACGGAGAGUCUAAGAUCAAUCCUUCUCAAAGUCGAGAAACUAUGCCAAAAAAGAAAGUAGCUGCGAAUCAAGAACCUAAUCCUACUCCUCCACAACCAGUGGAAGGCCAGCAGUCAUCCUGACAGCCAACAGACUAGCUGCUACCACAGCUGGCUAGUGGAGUACUUCUCACCAUUCAGCCAACACUUCCAGAAGUGAAGCUUACAGCUAUUUGCCGACAGCUUGAUCUCUCAGAUUCAGAAGUCUACCUCCGCUGAGGGAGAGGAUAUGGGGGAGCAGGGUAUUGACCACUUGCUGAAAGGAGGCCUUACUGUGGCCUGUGUUUGCUAGGCGCAGACUCACCUUAGUCUACGUUCCCAUUGCACAUCAACUAUUCACCACAUUGUAAAACGUGCGCCCUGCAUCUAAAGAGUCAAAGCCUUACUGAACUGCCAAAGUAAAAUGCAGAAAUUUGACUGGCUGAUGACCUGUGGCAUUUGACCACUGUUCAAGAAGCUUAAUUGAACAAUCCUCUGGCUGCACAAGAGUCUUUUACAGUGUGGUGAAUAGCUAAACUGUUGGUAUGAGAAAUUCUCAUGCCAAAUAAUAUUACUGAAAAGUGUCCGUGCCCUACAAAAUCACUUUAAAACAGUGGAGUGACCUACCAGAGCAAUUAUGUCACAAAAUGGAUAUGGUCUAGUUGCUAAUUUUAAUUAGUUUUAUUCUUGAUUAAUUGAGACCUGGUCCAAUGUCGUCUGAAGUUAUUUAAUCCAUUCUUAACUCAUUGCACUGGAUUAUGUGAAUGCUGACUGUGCUGUCCUCAUCACUGGCACAGUCAGUACUUUGUUAGGUUAAAAAUUAUUGUUCUUUUAUAAUCAAAUCUUUAAGACGAAAAAUAGUCUUGGAGCUUAAAUUUGUCUUUAAUAUAAUCUUAACAAGUUAUAAACUACACAAUUUUGUAUGAGUUCAAUCCUGAAAAGAAAAUACGUAAACCAUUUAUUAAAUCCCUGCAAUAUUUCAUCUUGACUGCCUUGAUAUGUGUGAAUCUGUUUUAUCAGACUGAGUGUCAGCAGAUGUAAUGGGUAACCCAAGUUCUUGUCUGGUUGAGGGCCAGUACUUAAUUUUUAUUUUGCCUGAUGCCAGAUGUUGAAUAUCCAAGACUUCUUGCAGCUAUGGAGCAGUUAAUGCAGGGAAGCCUUUAGAUCAAAGUAUUUGUGGAGAGCUCCUGAUCCAGAUCUGUGCACUGUUGUGAAAUGUGCUUACUGCUGGUCCACAGUGCAGCUGCAGUGUGGAAAAGGAUGUGCUGCAUUAAACACUUGUGUAACUGAUGUAAGGUUUCUCAUGUUUCCACUCUAGAUUCUGUGGAAUCUGAUUAUAGACAUCAAGCCUAAGUGUUUGUUUUUUGUGGAGAUUAGUUUAUUUCUGUCUCUCUCCACUCCUUCCUGCCAAGUUUCUAAACACCUUCCGGAUAGUUUUCAGACCUCUAUCAGGAAGUCCAAUGACCUGUUGUUCUUCUCCUCCCUACCCCUUGAUGCUGUCUUUUUGGCAAGCCCAUACUGUGUUGCCCACACUGCUGAGUCACCUUGAUUUUCUCAUUGGAGAUGAGAGGGGUGGAAUUAACAUUGAAGCUAUACUGGCCAACUUGGAUAGUGCCAACCCACCAUAAUGUAUUUUUAGCCUAUUGUUUCUUCAUUUCACUGAAGCAACAUAGUGUGGUACAAGGUUGAAGCUGGGAUUUCUGAUGUUGAUUUGACACUUGCUAGUAAUUUAACUUUAUGUGGAGAAUUGGAACGGACAGAAUGGCAGUCGAUAAACAGGUCUUCCCCCUACUCCUAAGGUGCCAAGUAAGCAAAUCAGAAGAUUGCAUCAAAGGAAAAAGCCUUCAGCUUUUUGUUAAACUUUGGGAUUUUGAAAUAAAUGCAAGUAUAGCAAAUGCCUGGAGUGAAAGUAGAAAAGGUAGUGGGGAAGACAAACCAGUUGGACAAUUGCGAUCUGUGCAGUGAGUCUGAUCUUAUGGGAUUGAGUUCUAUUUUUUGCUUUUGUGUACAGAUUUUAUUGACUUCAUAAAUAGUUGAGGGCUUCAUGCUCAUUUUAGGUUUCACAUUUCCCAGUUAUGUCAUUCCGCUCUGUCAAAUUUUAAAGAAAGUGGCAUCUUCUCUUUAACAGAUUCAUUGAGUGGGGGCAAGAUGUUUGGGUUUCUGUAAAAUGUUCUGCUUGUUCUGUGUCCUCCUUUAACCCUUUCCUGGCUGCAUCAAAAAUAAAGUCAUCGACAGUAGUUGCUGAAGCUCCCGAGGUGAGAACUUGUGUGCUGGAGUCUCCAGUUUCACUAAUACUGUAAUUAGUGACUGCUUCCAGUAAAUGUAGUAAUUCCCAUAAGACUGCUCUCUUUUCAUUUGAUUUCAUUAAUAAAGAAUACAUAUUUUAAAAAAUCAAUCAGAAGAUCAAACUUUAUGCUCCUCAAGCUACUUUCCACUCUAGACUUUUGCUGUGCAAUGCAAGUAAAAAAAAAAAUUAGAUUAUUCAAAUAUGUAUUCACCAGUUUUGACAUGUUUACAAGUUUGCUGUGAAUUAGGAAUGAAAGAAAUAACAUUAGUGACAUCUGUGAAAUGAUAAUUGAAAGGUGACAGCUGCUUUGUGGGAUUUCUGUUGCGCUUUAGUUUAAUGAUAAACCUAUUGUUGCAAAAACAAUUAAUGUUUUUCCUCUUCCCCAUUUAAGGUUUUGGACAAGAUUUCGUUGUGGGAAUAAUUCAAAUAAACUUUGUUUUUAAGAAACAUUUGAGUAUAUGUUGAAUAAAGUUAAAGCAACAGUGAAAAUGUUGCAAUUGCUUAAAAUCUAGCAAUCUGAAUAAUGUAACUGAAUCCAAAUCCACAUUUUAUAUUUGUGACUGCUUUAACUGUAUGCAGCCUACUUGUCCAGCAUCCUAUCUGCUCCAAAAAAAAUUAUAGGAUUAUGCGAGAAAUCCUACAGUGGGCUGCAUAUCAACAGAUUUAACCCUAUUUAUGUAAGGAAUUGUUUACAAGACUGGCAAGGCUCAUAAAUUCCAGAAAGUGUUCAGUCUUUGUUUUAUCCACCGUGAAUUCGCUUUCUACACUACUCCAAGGUUCUGCUGCAGCACUGAUUCAGCCCAGGCAGAAAUCUUUUGCCACAGCGGGCUGUGUUCUGGGAAAAGCAAUGAGCAUAAAUGCCUUUCUCAAAAUGUGAUACAUGUUUACUGAGAAGCAAGUUUGUAAUCAUUCAGAAUCUGUUAUGUCAUGAACAGACUUUUUAAGAAGUGAAUUACUAAUAGAGAACUUUUGUGUAUUCUGGCACUUGUCUGCUGUCAUUAUGUUUACUAUUUCUUGAAGUAUCUGAGUGUUUGAUCAAGAUUGGUUUCUAACAGUACAGAAGCUGUUGAGAGACUGCAGUUUUGAGUUGAGCAAUAAUUUAAGAAUCCUAAUAAAUAUAUCUUGCAGUUAA